AUGCCUGGCAUCGUCGACAUCACCCCAGCUUUCGACAACGAAAAGGUCACCGUUAUCUUUGUUCUUGGUGGGCCUGGUGCCGGUAAGGGAACGCAAUGUGCCCGUCUUGUGAAAGACUUUCAUUUUUGUCAUCUGUCGGCUGGUGAUCUUCUUCGCGCAGAGCAAAAUCGCGAGGGUUCUCAAUAUGGAACGUUGAUUCAAACCUGUAUCCGUGAAGGAACCAUCGUGCCUAUGGAAGUCACAAUCAAACUGCUGGAACACGCCAUGGCUGCUGCCAUGAGAGAGGGCAAGACUGGGGAUGGCUGGUCUGAGGACAGAGGCCGUUUCCUUAUCGAUGGCUUCCCCCGCAAAAUGGAUCAGGCUCUCAAGUUCGAUGAGACGGUGUGCCUUUCUACCCUCGUCAUUUAUUUUUCUACCACGGAGCAGGUCAUGCUCGAUCGACUGCUUGAGCGAGGAAAAACUAGCGGUCGAGAGGAUGACAACGUGGAGAGUAUCAAGAAACGUUUCCGCACCUAUAAAUCUGACACGAUGCCCGUAAUCGAACAUUAUGCUUCUCUGGGAAAGGUAGCAGAGGUGAACAGCUCUGGUUCGGUGGAUUCUGUGUACAAGUUAGUUGGAGACGUCGUCGAGGACAUUUUCUCUGGGGGUAAAUAUUCUACAAAGGUCGCCAUCUGA